CCAGCGCAGCCAACUUCACGCGUAUUGUUCUUUUUUCCGGUUGACUUUAGCGAGAAAGAUGCCAGGCGUCACUGUGAAGGAUAUUGAUCAACAUGCCGUUACCAAGGCGGUCGCCGUCUUCCUCAAGAAGACUGGCAAAUUGAAGGUGCCCGAUCAGAUGGACAUCAUCAAGACUGCCAAAUUCAAGGAGCUGGCCCCUUAUGACCCUGACUGGUUUUACGUGCGUUGCGCUUCGAUUUUGCGCCACUUGUAUCACCGCAGCCCAGCUGGUGUUGGCUCCAUCACUAAAAUUUAUGGUGGCCGCAAGCGCAAUGGUGUGCACCCCUCUCACUUCUGCCGCGCCGCCGACGGUGCUGCCCGUAAGGCCCUGCAAGCUCUGGAACACGCUCGCUUGGUCGAGAAGCACCCCGAGGGUGGCCGCAAAUUGAGCUCCAUCGGACAGCGUGAUUUGGAUCGCAUUGCCAACCAAAUCGUUGCUAAGCAGCGUGACGCCGCCAAACAGUCUGGUCCCAUCGUUAUUUCCAAGUAAAAAUUGCGUUCCUGUGUGGGGGAAAAUUAGAAGCUCCUGCUGAAAUGGGAAAACAUCUUCGAACUUCUGUUGUAAGCGUUUUUUUGUUUGCACGAGAGACAAGAAAAUAUAUAACCUAUUCAUAAAAUUCUACAAAAAAAGCGUAAA